AUGAACUUUAGGAUCAGGACGACGACACGGGCACACAACGACGAAAAUUGCGCUCUCGAUGAUGCGAUUAAUGUUAGCGGUAAGGCAGAGGGUUUGCUCGUCGAUUCGCUCGAUUCAUCGAACAAAUCUUUUCUUGUGGGGCGACUACCGAGAUGCAAGAUCCGAAAAGUGAGGAAGAAGUGGUCAACAUCACCUACGUGCUGCGCGAUGGGACUGAGUAACGAAUUCGUGGGAAAAUCCGGCGACAAUGUGAUGGCCAGGCAGCAUAGACAUGGCAUCGAGUUGGAAGGAGCUUGUGAAGCCUCACUGGCUUGUUCUACGUGUCACGUAUAUGUUGAUGAACCUUUUGUGAAUCGAUUAAAGAAUCCCGUUGAAGAAGAGGAGGAUAUGUUGGAUAUAGCGCCCGCUUUACAGCCGAAUUCCCGAUUGAGUUGCCAAAUCAUUCUCAGCAAAGAACUUGAGGGAAUUAAGGUCACUUUGCCGAAAAUCACGCGUAGCUUUUAUUGUGACGGUCACGUACCAAAACCACAUUGGGAUCAUGUCAUU